UGGGGCAAUUUUAGUGCCCCAUGACAACAAAAAAAUGAAUUAAAACUAAUAGUAGGUACUAGGUACAAAGAAAACUAGGUAUGAAUGGGCUCUUGACCUGCUUGUUUGUUUUAUCAAAAAAAAAAAUGAAUUUAUGAAACUUUUUGUUUCGAGUUCUAUCACGUACCAUAGAAAAUUGAUUAAUGAAAGUCAAUGUGUUAAAAUAUUUCAGAAAUAUAAAUAUUGCUUUAUACGAAUAUAUUUUAUUUGUAAAUUUAUCCGCCUGUGAAUAAACUGCAGGCCAAUGUCCACUGAGGAUUUUCAAGUACAAGAUAUUUAUAGAUAUUCGCGAAAAUCAUUUAAGAACAAUCGUACAAAUAUUAUUCAAGACUAUUCAGAAUAUGGGCAAGAUAACCAGGUUGAUUUGACAGAUUCGCCAAGAAACGAUUUAAUUUCACCAGACGUCGAAGCACCCCGAUGCAGCUGCGAUGACUCUGAAGGCGAAAUUGCGAACAUUUUGCAUAAGAAAUGUCCUGUAAUUGUGUUAGCCCAACAACAACUGCAAAGACUUUUAAACGAAACUGAUCGACUCUUGUGCGAUAAUAAUAAUUGUUGCAGAUCAGUGUAUGACUUUUUGUACUUGUGUAAAGAAGCAAUAUUGAAAGAGAAUAGAUGUCAAUGUGCUCUAAUUAUUCUAGCUAUUCUAUCGUUUUUUAUAGGGCUUUUGUUUGGUGCUGCUUCUUGCGGAACAUACUUAAGAAAAUUUAACAGCCCUAUACUCUCAUGCCUUGAAAAUUUCUUCAUAUCUGAUAAGUACACUCAAGACAACACACUACGGGCUAUUGUUUAACAAUACCAUGUAAAAUUUAUUUUUAAUUCAUUUAGGGUUAAUUUUCUAAGUAAUUUAUUAUAGUAUUAAAUUUAUUUUUUGAAGU